UUCAGCUGAGAUGAUAUAAGGACGUGGUUGUUCCGGGGAUAAGGGGAUUUGCUGCCUCAAGCCAGGUCCUUUAAGAAUAGAUUUAAUAAUGUUUUAAACAGCAGCUGUACAUGUUUUUAUCCCGAUGUGAUUUCAGUGAGUAAUAUAAUGAGAGCAGUGUGACUCGGCACUAUAACAGCUCCUCCUGCUGCCCAGCUCUCCAUCGACUGAAGAAACAAUGCAGGCCUAGCUAACAUCACCGCUAGCGAGCGGAGGCUAACCGACUAGCGCUGUUCCUGCAGACUGCAGUGGGAUUUAAACCUUGGACGAAGACGUUUCGAAGCUGUAGAAACAUCCUAUCCGCCAUGAGCUCCCAGCUGCAGGUCUUCUCUCCUCCCUCCAUCUCCUCCAGUGCCUUUUGCCGCGUUAAGAAGCUGAAGGUGGAGAGCAAUGUUUGGGACGUGUCGACCACCGACGCGUACAGCUCCAUAGCAGGGCAGUCGGCAUACGCCUUUACCCCAGCCAUGGCUGUACCACCCUUUGCACCAUCCCUGGUCUUCCCCCCUGCUGCACCUGGGUCCAGAGGCCAAGUGGUGGUCCGGGCAGCUGACAGCACCGGUAGUCUUCCCCGUGGAUCCAGCCGGCGUGUCACCGAGCAGGCGACAUCUUCUUCUUAUACUCAUGCCGAGUCGUCAUCUGAAACCAGGAGCCACAGGCACGGGCAGAAGAGAAAGGUCGAGGAGGCCAACGAAGGCAGUGGGAGUGGAUGUGGCAGUGUGCAAAUAUUGGAGGAGCUCUCGGCUCCUGCAGCAACUUACUCCACCCGUACUGGUGGGGGAGGAGGGGGCACAGGCCAGUCUAUACCCCACUCUGCUCCGACCACAAAAAGCAGCAGCUCCAAUGGUGAAGGGGACUAUCAGCUUGUGCAGCAUGAAAUCCUGUGCUCCGUGUCCUGCAGCUAUGAAGUGCUGGAGUUUUUAGGAAGAGGCACGUUCGGACAAGUAGCCAAAUGCUGGAAGAGGGGUACAAAUGAAAUUGUGGCUAUCAAGAUCCUGAAAAACCAUCCUUCGUAUGCUCGCCAGGGCCAGAUCGAGGUGGGCAUCCUGAACCGCCUGAGUGCUGAGAAUGCAGAUGAGUACAACUUUGUGCGUUCUUACGAAUGCUUCCAACACAAAGGUCACACCUGCCUGGUGUUCGAGAUGCUGGAGCAGAACCUGUACGACUUUCUCAAGCACAGCAAGUUCAGCCCACUCCCUCUGCGCCACAUCAGACCCAUCCUACAGCAGGUGGCCACUGCGCUGAUGAAACUGAAAAGCCUGGGCCUAAUUCAUGCAGACCUGAAGCCUGAGAACAUCAUGCUGGUGGAUCCUCUUCGGCAGCCCUACAGGGUGAAGGUCAUUGACUUUGGCUCAGCGAGUCAUGUGUCUAAAGCCGUUUGCUCCACCUACUUACAGUCCCGCUACUACAGGGCUCCAGAGAUCAUUCUGGGUCUGCCGUUCUGUGAGGCCAUUGACAUGUGGUCUUUGGGCUGUGUGAUUGCUGAGCUGUUUCUCGGUUGGCCUCUCUACCCUGGAGCCUCCGAGUACGACCAGAUCCGUUACAUUUCUCAAACUCAAGGCCUACCUGCAGAGUACUUGCUGAGCGCCGGCACCAAGACGAGUCGUUUCUUCAAUCGGGGUCCUGACUCUAGCUAUCCACUCUGGAGACUUAAGACUCCUUCAGAGCAUGAAAUGGAGAUGGGGAUCAAGUCCAAGGAGGCCAGGAAGUACAUCUUCAACUGUCUGGAUGAUAUGAUGCAGGUCAACCUGUCUUCCCAUCUGGAGGGGACGGACAUGUUGGCCGAGAAAGCGGACAGACGAGAGUUUAUCGACCUCUUGAAGCGAAUGCUGCGCCUCGAUGCCGACAAAAGGAUCACACCAACAAAAACUCUGGGUCAUCCAUUUGUCACGAUGAGCCACCUCAUGGAUUAUCCCCACAGCUCUCAUGUGAAGUCCUGCUUUCAGAACAUGGAGAUCUGCAAGCGCCGGAGUUCCUACGAUAGUAAUAAAUCGCUGUACUCCACUAACGCAGUCCCCAGCGCUGCAGCUGGAAACCUCACUGUAACCUUCAGUAGCCAACUCAACCAGCAUAACCAGGUGCCUUCUGCCGGAGGAGCGGUGCCUUUACUAAACUACCAGCCAGCUCUGUAUCAGCAGGCGACCAUCAACAUUCCUGGGCUGACUCAACAGAGUGUCCCGAUCCCAACGCGUCCUGCUGGGCUGUGUAGUCAGACAGAACCUUUCCAGCAGACUCUCAUUGUCUGCCCACCCUCCACUAUUCAAGGGCUACAGCCAUCUAGUAAGAGUUCCAGUUUCCCUGUGAGGAUGGAGAACUCUGUUCCAAUAGUACCUCAGAACCAGUCUGCCCAGUCCCUGCAGAUCCAGCCAAGUAUGCUCACACAGGGUUCCUGCACACCCCUGAUGGUUGCCACCCUGCACCCCCCCUCAGCAGGCAUAGCCCCCCAGUACUCUCUGCCCCUCGGGCUUGGGCCCGGGGUGGGUCGGCCCACCCUCCUGGAGCACACAGCCGCAGUGCUGCAGGCCUGGCCCACUGGCACCCAACAGAUCCUCAUCCCAUCGUCAUGGCAGCAGGUUCCGGGCGUGGCCAUCCACAGCUCUGCCCACCAGACCACUGUACCCGAAUCACCGCUGGAAACACUUGAUGCUUCCACUCAGCAGGGACACAGCUGGAGGAGCACAACCCAAGGCAAAAGCCAGCAGGAGAGGAAGAAAGUGAAAGCCAGACGUGGAGAGAACAGAACCAGGGGUAUAUCCACUGCAUCACUACUCGUGACCCCAGCCAGCUCUAACGCCAUAAUGUCCCAACCAAUCAUCAUAUCUGACACACCCAGCCCGGCGGUCAGCAUCAUCACUAUUCACAGCGACACUGACACGGAGGAUGAGCGGAAGUUCCAUCCUGCCAGCGUUGGACUGGGCCAGCGGACUAACGUCAUCAGCUGUGUGACUGUACACGACUCGGACUCUUCCACAGCCAGUCCCCUGACUCCUCUGCCGCGUCUUCUGAACCCAGCUGGCACCGGGUCGUCCCGCCAGGCCAAGUCUCUGGCAGUGGUGGCCCCUUCAGUCAAAAACCAGGGCACCAGAGCACUUUCACGUGGACGCCUAGACACUGUGAACUACAUGAAGCCUAAAAGGUCCUCCAACAGACAGCCGUGCAGCUCAGGCGAGAGCAUGGAGCGUCAUGGACUGGUUCCAAGCCAGUCACACCCCUUAAACCUCAGCCAGGUUCAGCCUGUGGUUUCUUCAUCUCAGGAGCGCUCUCACAGUGACUCCUCUUUGCGUCGCCAGCCGACGUUCCCCCCGACCGUCUCCGCCUCUCUCUACAACUUCCCGGACGUGUCGGCCCUGGCCUCCGCCGCAGCCCCAGUCCCCAGCCUUUACAACUACCCUGCCUCCACUGCCCUCUCCUCAGCCUCUCAGGCCAUGGAGCAGCUGCUGGGCCGCGGUCACGGCAGUCACGGCCACUCCCCCUCCGCCUAUGCAGCAACAUACACCUCAUCCUCCUCCUCCAGGAGGGACUCGGCCAGUCGGAAGGACACCGUCAGCAGUCUGCUGCACGGCCUCCCCGCAGCCUACCAGCACCAGUUUGCCACUGGGUCUCCCUACAUUAGUGUGACGCCACGGGCAGAGGCUUACAGUGCCUACCAGCUCAGCCCCCGGCGCCUCACCCAGUACCCGUACCUAUAGGGAGUAGAACAAAGAGAAGAAGGAAAAAAAAAACCGACUUCCCCUCGUACCAUCCCAGAGGGAGAUUUAAACUUUAAGUAGAAUAACUGUCAGUCACUUAUUUGUUUGCUGCUUUAGGCUCUAAGGCUGCAUCUCACCUCGAACUUAAUCACAUGCUCAUCUAAACUGUUUUUAGUGAUUUUUAAAUGUUCUUUGAUCUUAUUUGAUAUCUAACAGUUAUUUUCCUAAGAAUAUUGUUUAGAGGCCACAUUUUAUCCCCAUCUUACCCAGAUGUACAAUUAAGGCAUUGUGGUAGUUGUAUUUUUCUCCUGUUGAUCCUGAGGUUUUUAAUGGAGAGAGAUUAUCCUCCUGACACUAUCGGGUGGGAUUUUAGACACUUCACUCACAAUGCUAGAGAAGUUAGCUUUUCACGAGUCUUGUUACAAAGUUUCACACUAAUCCAAUGAGGCCCGUGUUUUUUAUUUUUUUAGCUAUCAUUAUAAUGACUGUACCUUAGCACCAAUUAUGUUUACUCACAGAUAUGUCUUUUACUAUGUUUAAAUUAUGUUUGGUCAGCAUGAGGUAGGAGGAAGAAGGCCAAUGAAGACGAGGAAGAGAGAAGUGGUUGGCUAUGUGUUAAUUUAAGUGCACAUGUGAUAGUGUGUUGAUGUAGUGACGAUGUUUAGGCAGCAUUCAUCAUGUCCUUAUGCAAUAGAAACGUUCUUUGAAACUGCAUCAACUGAAUGCUGAAUGUAUUUAUGAAGUACCGAGGAGUGGCAUCACUUUCCUGAUGAGUGGCAUAAAAGCUUUUGUUUGAAAAUGUAAAAAAAAAAAAAAAACUUCACGCCUGCAUUUUCUCCUUUAAAUAUAUGAAAAAGUGGAUUGAAAAGUAUCCUUUAUGUGUGAAUCCCGACUAUGUAGGACCUGCUAAUCAUUAUAAUGAAUUAAUGGACAUUUUAAAAGUUUUAUAUGGAGGAAAACAGAUUUCUUUUUUGUUAUCCCAAAGACGAUGUGGAAAUGCCCCCGUAGGAUUUGUAUCACUGCUAUACGAUGUGAUGAAAACAGGUGAAUGCAACAUUUGAGCACACAAGCGUCUGGUGAAGAUUAAAGGUCUACGGAGAGAUUACUUUAGCAGUGAUGUCUCGUCCAAUAAAUCAAGCUUAUACCCAAUUAAAUACACUGUGGACACAACAGACCCUCACUGUUUCCUGCCACCGUCUUUGAGUCAAAAGAGGUGAAUCUCUGGCUGGUUUCUGUGGGUUUCAUUCAUUUAAUCCUUCCCUGUUGUGUUUGGAUCCGUUUUGUGUUGUAAUGUCUUUCUAUUUAACUGUAUUUCAUCUUAACAUAGUAUAGUUAAGAGGCUAUUUGGUAGAACUAAUUCAGGGAAAAAGGUUUCAACUCAAUUAAUCCGUUGUCACUGUUUUCAAUAAAAUAACCACAAACUCGU